AUGUGGACGCUGGAGUGCCACGCAGCUGCCAGCCUCCUGCCCCGCUCGGCGCCCCCGGGCUAUGUCCAGGCCCACGCCGGGGCCCCACGGCCAACGAAGGUCGCCCCGCUCUACAGCUGCCAGGGCCUCACAGGCAGCCAGCCCAAUCUGAGCCUCUGCUGCCUCAACCAGAUCCUGAAUGUCAAAAAGCAGAGCGUCUGCUUGAUGAAUCUGAGGACAAUGGGAACUUUGGGUGACGCUGGCCCUCUGGACGAUACCACCUACGAAAAACUGGCCGAGGAGACGCUGGAUUCCUUAGCAAAAUUUUUUGAAGACCUUGCAGACAAACCUUACACACUUGAAGACUAUGAUGUCUCCUUUGGGAGUGGUGUUUUAACAAUUAAACUGGGUGGAGAUCUAGGAACGUAUGUGAUCAACAAGCAGACCCCAAACAAGCAAAUCUGGUUAUCUUCACCAUCCAGUGGCCCCAAGCAUUACAACUGGACUGGGAUAAACAGGGUGUACUCUGACGGUGUGUCCCUCCACGAGCUGCUGGCCACAGAGCUGACUCAAGCCUUAAAAACCAAACUGGACUUAUCUUCUCUGGCCUACUCUGGAAAAGGCACUUGCUGCCCAGCCUAAUGCUAAAGACAUUAAAAGCUCUAAAG